AUGGCCUCUCUCUUCGCGGGGAAGGUCCUGAUGACCAACCGGGAGGAGGAUGAGGUGGAGACGGAGCGGGAGCUGUGCCGGGCGCUGGACAACAAGGUGCUGCUGCUGUACUUCGGCUCGGGGCAGUGCCCGCGCUGCCGAAGCUUCUCCCCUCUCCUCAGGGAUUUCUUCCUGCGCCUGACCGACGAGUUCUACGUGGAGCGGGCUGCGCAGCUGGGGCUGGUGUACGUGUCCCGGGACGAGACGGGCGAGCAGCAGAGCGCCUUCCUCAGGUCCAUGCCCAGGCGCUGGCUGGCUCUGCCCUUCGGCGAUGCCUUCACAAGGGAGCUGGAGCUGCGCUUUGCCGUGGCCGAGGUGCCGGCAGUGGUGGUGCUGAAGCCCAACGGGGAGCUGAUCACCAGCAACGCCGUGGAGCAGAUCCGGCGCCUGGGCCCCUCCUGCUUCCAGAGCUGGCAGGAGGCUGCAGAGCUGCUGGACAGAAACUUCUGCUUGGCUGAGGACUUUGACAACUCCGUCCGCAGAAGCAUCACCGACCCCAUCCGCCGCCUCAAGUACAGGCUGGACAAGAAGAAGGAGAGGAGACAGGAAGGAGAAGAGUCCUCUUAA